AUGAGGCUGCUGAAAUUCUUACUUCGUUAUUUUCCACCAGGUCUUGCUCUGGAAUACACGCAAGGCGGUGAUAUCAAAACAAAAAUGAUCGAUUUACUGGAUCUGUCUGCCGAAACAGACAUAAGAGCAUUAGCGGAAAGCAUAAAAACGGCUGAACCUAUAAUAACCGAAAGUGUAAUGGACCAGUUAGUCGAAACUCUGCAGAAGCUGCAGGCUAAAGUUUGUGACACAAAUACCAAGCGCUAUUACAAAUACAAAACCUUACAGACACAUCUUUUACCGGUUACUAAUAUAGCACUAGAUAAGCUAGGUAAAAGAUGCCUGACGGGCAGCUAUGACCGAACUUGUAAAGUUUGGGACAUUGACAGUGGAGCGGAGCUUUUUACUCUCGAAGGCCAUAAGAACGUGGUCUACGCAGUCUCGUUCAACAAUCCAACUUCAGACCAAAUCGUAACUGGGUCCUUCGACAAAACGGCGAAGGUCUGGUGCUCGCAGACGGGUCACUGCCUUGCAACUAUGUGGGGUCACGAUGCGGAAGUGGUGGUGGCUAAAUUUUCACCGACGCGAGGAAAACUCGCAACGGGCUCCAUCGACGCGACGUCAAAAAUAUUCCAUAUAGAAGCCGGUCAGGAAUUGGGUACGUUACGGGGACAUACGGCGGAAGUUAUUGCGCUGCAUUACAAUGACGAUGGAAAUCAGAUCAUAUCGGGUUCUUUCGACGGAACUGUGAACAUCUGGGAUACAAGAACUUUUGCGCGAACGAGCGCGUUAAUCGGUCAUCACGCGGAGUUGUCCAACUGCCUCUAUAAUUUCGAUUGUUCGUUGAUCGCGUCGUCCUCGAUGGAUAAAAGUGCAAAAGUGUGGGACACGAGAAUGAAUUCUUGCAUAACUACUUUAUUGGGGCACGACGACGAAGUUCUGGAUCUCGCUUUCGAUAACAAUGGAAAAAGACUGGCGACAGCCAGCAGCGAUACCACCGCGCGAAUUUGGAAUAUAAGCAGCGAUUUCCAACAAUUGGCUGUCAUGAAAGGCCAUCGAGAGGAAGUGUCAAAAGUUUGUUUUAAUCCGAAUGGCCAUCAACUUCUAACUGCCUCUUUGGACAGAACAGCGAGACUAUGGUCGGCAGAUGACGGUUCGUGUAUUCAGCAACUGAAGGGGCACACCGAUGAUGUUUUUGCCUGCGCAUUUUCAUACACGGGGGAUAGCAUAAUUACCGCCAGCAAGGACAAUACUUGCACAAUUUGGAGGUGACUCGACUGGUUUCAGGUGUCCCUUUAGCUCUUACUCGUCGUUCUGUUCAUCGUUUACAUUGUAUAUUUUUAUGUUAUCUAAAUAACGAUGAGCGCAGCCUAUCGUUUUUCGAUAAACAGACGAGCAGACGAUGAUAUCAAGUGCUUUCGCGUUUUACUUUAAACAACGAUGUCAAUAUUUUGACAAUGGCAAAGAGAAAAAAA